CUGCUUCUUCGCGGGAUCGGUCGCCGGCUUGACGGGUCCAGGGGCACCCCGUGAAGGGAGAAGAGGGGCUGGGUUGAGCCGCCUCACAGUUCCUUGACCGAAGUGCCGGGGAUGGUUUAGAAAGGUUCCGGCCCAGGUCACGGAGGCGAUGCUGUCCGCUCGGCUCGGAGGGCCCUUCGCGGCGCCUUCCCCAGCUAGUUAGUGGGAGGUUUCUCUGUCCCAUCCCAGCCAAAGUGAGAAAGGGCGAGGAGCUUUUGAACGAGGAAACAGGCUCUUCUUUACCGUUGUCCGGGGUGCUUCCAUUAGUAAGAAAGGCGGCAGGCUGGGCUUCCUACGCCGGAGUCCCGGGCGCUUAGUUCUGUGGCCAGGAGGGGCUGCUGCCCAUUUUGGGAUUGGAGUGCGGCACUGCCGUCAGAGCCUGCUGAGUUCCGGGUUGUACAGCCAAACAGGAAAAGGUGUACCCUUCUAGAGCCAGCCUCUUGCAAUCUUGAAACUUUCAUAAGAAAAUGACACACGGCUGAAGAUUUUCAAGAACUAAGUUGAAAAACAUACCUUACUUGAAUUUUACCUUGUAUGAAUUUGAAGAAGAAAAGAUGUGGAGUGGACUGCUGCCUCCUGGCCUAAAUGAAAGUGAUAUUGAGUUGGAUUCUGAAGAUGAGGCCACACGGCAGAACUUUGAUCAGAACUUACAGCAAGAUAAAGAUGGGAUCAUUAGAGAAACAGAAGUCUCAGGUUUCUCAGCUGAUGAACCAAAACCUGAAACAGAGACCAAAGCAAAUGCAUAUGAAGAGUGCCCUUCUGGAAUUCCCUUAAAUAUGUGGAAUAAAUUUCAAGAACUGCAUAAAAAACGUUCUGAACAGAAAACUUUAGCCUCAAGAUUCAGAAGGAAAAAGAGAAAACGCUCCAGAAAAGAUAAACUGAAGAAUGAAAAAGAAUCUCAAAGUCAGCAGUCCUUACAUGAAAAUCAGUGGAAGGAACUUACUCAGUACUUUGGAGCCAAUGAUAGAUUUGAACCCCCGGUUAAAAAGAAAAAGGUUGAAAAGUCAGGCCUUGAAAAGAGGAUAGACCAGGCUGUGGAGGAGUGGGAUGUUGAGAAGGCCGAAGAGCUCAGCAACCAGCUAGCCACUCGAGAGCUCGGUGUAAAAAUUGCCAAAGCAUUUGCCUGCCACAAAUUCGUACAAGCCAAAAAGGAGAUUGAAAACUCACAAGCCGCUCGAAAAAAGAAGAAACUUGCAUGGGGGUUUGAAGCAAAGAAGAGAUGGGAAACCAAAAGCAACAUGGGAUAUAUGUAACUGGGCAGAGGUCUUCAAGACACAUGUAGACUUGUGUGCUUAAUUUACAAAGGUUUUCCUGCUUAAAUAUUUUAGCAGAUCAAUAGAAGUAGAGAAAAGUAAGCAUAAAUCUUAGGAAUUAUCUGUUUUCAGUUUUUUCUAAAAAGUUCAUUCUGUUGAAUGGAAUGAAGUACUUUGUUAUUUAUGUAAUAUAUUUGAAGAUACAUACAAGAAAAGAAGAUAGAAUUUUAUUUAUGUGUAUAGACCUAUAGUAUAAAAUCAGUUUUGCUUCUUAUGUGUUUGUAUAGCAUAAUCAUGGUCCUUGUAUUUUCUUAUCUGUUCUUGGCAUAACUGUACUUCUUCUGAAAUUAUGUUUUUAAGAUUGGCUUUUGUUUAAAAUGAAUUUUAAUCAUAAGUGCAAAAAAGUCUCAUUUGAUGCUUGUUUCCAAAUGACUAUAAUUAUCUUAGUGUUAUAAAAAUAAUUAUUGAUUCUUUACUGGAA